CACACACACGCACGCACGCACGCACGCGCACACACAGAGAGGGGGUGUCUUUCUCUUCCAGGAAGGGAUUAUUAAGCAGCGACAUGUGAAGAGAGCGGAGAAAACGGACAAAAGAAGUUUCUCAGCCCGACGAGCCGCCAUGGAGCCGACCUGUAAACAAGUCCGAUAAAGCGGAGAAGAAGCGGCUUCAUGAGCCUGGAAGAGAAAAACAAGUUCUCCUCCCGGAACAACAGUCGGUGAGCCUCCCCCUCCCGCACCUCCCGCACCUCCCGCAGCUGCCGCUCUCCUCCGUGAAGGAAAUAAAAACCGGAGAAGUGGAAGCGGGAGAGACGGUGACGGGAGAUCAUGUCUGGAUCCUCCCCGGCUUCGAACAAGCAGGAGAGGAGCUCUUUCAGUCCUUCCGCCAACCCGUUGCCAAACUCCACUUCCUCCCCCGUCCAUGCCCCCGCCGCCAGGCCAGCCAGCCGAAUGGAGGACGAGCCCGCCAGGCUGCCCGCGCACCUGCGUCUGCAGCCAGUCUGUUGGAGCAGGGAGGACGUGGCCCAGUGGCUGCGGUGGGCCGAGAAGGAGUUCGCCCUGCGGCCCAUCACCAGCGGCACCUUCCAGAUGAACGGCAAGGCCCUGCUCCUUCUCACCAAGGAGGACUUCCGCUACAGAUCCCCCCACUCCGGGGAUGUCCUGUACGAGCUGCUGCAGCACAUACUGAAGCAGAGGAAGUCCAGCGCGUUCGGCCCGUCCGCCUACUUUCCUGGGAACUCCUUCCACUCCCUGCCGGAAAGCACGGUGCAGCACCUGAAGCUCGAAGAGACGGUACGACGGGCACCACGUGGUACGGAACCCCUCCCCCAUCACGCACCAACUAUAGAACUGCGUCACAGUUCCCGCUCCCGCUCCCCCCACAACCCAACUCCAAGCCGGUCCCCUUCCGAGCCAAACCACCCUCGUUCCGCCAACAAGGACCUCCUCCAGAGCUUCUCUCAGCUACCUGAUAGCAACCACCACCUGCCGGAGGAAAUGUACCCGCUGUCCGUGUCUCCGGUACCCCAGAAUGGGCACUGCGUCAUGCCCAAAGAGGCCCCCUGCCCGGGCAGCCCGGGGGUCCAGGAGGCAGGCCCUCCUCGCGUCAUCCAGCUCAUGCCCAGCACCAUCAUGAACCCUUUGAUCCUCAGCCCGAAUUGGAGCGGCGGGGGUGCCGGCAUGGACUUCAGGCACAGCCGCAGCGGACCCCCGUCUCAGGUGACGAUGGAGAACGGGCGUGAGGGGAAGGUCCACCUCCACCACCACCAGCUGGCUCAGCAGCAGCAGGAGGAGCUGUACAGGAACCACGUCAUCAUGCCCGUUUCUCCUCCAGAUGAGAUGCCCAUCGGACGCAUAGCAGACUGCAGGCUGCUGUGGGACUACGUCUACCAGCUCCUGUCAGACAGCAGGUACGAGAACUACAUCCGCUGGGAGGAUCCGGAGAGUAAAGUCUUCCGCAUCAUGGACCCCAACGGCCUGGCCAGGCUCUGGGGCAACCACAAGAACAGAACCAACAUGACGUACGAGAAGAUGUCGCGAGCACUGAGGCACUACUACAAACUGAACAUCAUCAGGAAAGAGCCGGGGCAAAGACUUCUGUUCAGGUUCAUGAAAACCCCCGACGAGAUCAUGAACGGGCAGACGGAGCGGCUGGAACACCUGGAGUCGGACACAGACGAACAGAUCUACAUCAAAGAGGAGUGCUGAGGAGCUCCAUGGACGACUUGACUUCCACCACCGAUGCCUUUCAGAAGCAGCUUGAAUAAUCGAUGUGGAGCCCAGAAGGCCUGGACAUGGCUCGGAUCAGUCCCAGCAGGGAGGACAGGACUCGGUCUUAACGUCGCCUUAGAAUGAAACUCUCCCGAGAAAUGUUGAAAAAAGAAGAAGCUUUGAUUCGCCGGACAGACAACAGAAAGAACUCGGACCCUUCAUAUCUCUGCUGCAGAAGCCAAUCACUUUGUGCUCUGAUGAUUUUUAUUUUUCUGUCUCACGUGUUCGAUGUUGGUUUGAUGCGGUUUGUAAAAAAAUAAUUUGGGGGUGUGUGACUGGACUGUUUUCACCGUGAAAUAAACACUUUUGAUCAAA